CUUGACGUUGCUCCGCCAAACGGAAUCCGGCCACAUCAGUAAGUAGUGAGGAGUGCUUGCUGUCCGGUCUGAUCAAGGCUUUCGACGGCCAUGUGAGAUCGCACCAUGGCUGUUCUUACCGGGUUGUCAAAUGCUCAUGCCAUUCUGCUCGCUACUCACCUCUGCGCAAAUGGACAUGUUGCUGCGCUGCCGCUGCUACACGCCCGGUUUCCUAACGCGCUCCAUCUAGAGCGCCUGCUCCGGAUCAUAUUGACCUAUUUACCGGAAAGCACAGAACCCCAGAGCUACGCAUCUGUUCUCCAGGCGCUUGUCGACGGCUCUCCCGCUGAAACAAAGGAAGAUGAUAUUGACGUAUCGUCUGUCAAGAACUUAGAGGUCACAGUUGCGCAAAAGCGUGUGCGGAAGCUCCGUUUACUACCGUUACGGUAUCCAGGCGACGAAGAAGACGAGGAUCCCCUGACGCAAUUUCUAGUCCAUCGUGCUCAUCGAAUCGACACCGAGACGGGUCUGCAGACCCUUGUUCUGGAUCUCCUGUUGCCCUUCUACCAACGCUCCGAAACGAUUCGCACAUGGCUGAUAUCCGUCAUACUACCGCUGCUACGACUGAACUAUGAAUAUUACCCGGACAAAGAAGAUACAGUUGCGAUUGAGACGAUAGAGUCUAUGGACGAUCAGACAGCAAUCAAUGUUCUGUUAUCAAUCACAGGCCCUGACGAGAACAACAUGGACCUUGCAAGAAACUUGAGAGGACUGAUCGGCGCGUGGAUGUACGGAGCUGGUCGAUCAAAGCGGCGCAAGCUUAAUCAGCCUCAGGAUGCUUCGAUAUCAGCCUCGCAGAAUACGACAGCUAGACGAGAAAUACAAAUGUCACGCUGGCAGGACGUUAACGAAUGGUUGCUGUCACGAAGUUUGGUGGAUUAUGACCGUGUCGUGGGAGCUUUUGCAAACUGGAACGGCCCCGAUGAUGUGGACCUUGGAGGGUAUGAAGAAGGCACGGUGUUACAACCCGAUGAAGCUGCUGAGCUGAAAAGGCGUUAUGGACAGACUGGUCUCGCCGCUGUGUAUGCGAAUCCAGACACCAGCAGAAAGGCGCUGGAGGGUUCUUUCCAAAUUGCAAAGAGGGUUGCUCAAGUACUGGAUUUGGAGCAGCAUUUUUCUGCUGAAAUGGACGAGGCGGUUCUUCCCACUCUGGAAUUCGCUAUGGACUCCAUCUCUUCAACAACUCGAGCGUCAUUGCUCCAGAACAACCUGUUGGUUCGUUCGAAUCCGCUGACGCUCCCUACGCCAGAGUCAGUUGCGUUCAUUAACGCCCUUCUGAUCUCGCUCCGUACCUUGGACGAGCUUGGCCGUCAGAUGCCUUGCAGGAGUGCGGCCAAUAUCUGCCUACACAGCAACGAUGAGAGCCAGUUGUUGGAGUUGCGGGGUCUCGUGGAAACGAUAGCAAAGCAUGCUAGACCCGGGCGCAGCUGGGUUAAUGUACGUCAGCAGGUGCUCUGGCUGCGAGACUGGCGAGCCCCUGAUGAUGCCCCCUUCGAUGGUUCGGGCCAAGCCCAUCAUGGUCUGUUCUGGCGAGUUUCACGAGCUGCAGCUGAGACCGAAAUACUCAAGGCGAUGCUGGCAACGAAAAGCCCAACCGAUGUCCAAGUGGCUGUGGACAUUUACACGAAAUCUGGAGCGUCUGCUCUGAGUCCCGAGGAAGUAGAAUCUGCAGUAAAGGAAGCUAUCUUCACUGCCUAUGACAAUGCAAGCAAUGGCAACAAGACAAGAGGUGGAAUUAAAAGAGCCGCAGAGAUUCUACAAGCUUUUCGACCACAUUUCCCGAACUCAACCUCAUUCAAACAGAUCGAUUCGCUCAUUGCUGCCACGCAUGCCUUGUCUUUCUACUCCCUCACGCUGCAGCAUGGUGUGCCGUUCCAACCUGUCAGCAUUCGGGUCCACCCUGAUCCGAUCUAUCUGAUCGAAAAGGUCCUCGAGCAAAAUCCCAAGAGCUAUACAAAACUGGACGAUCUCUUGUCAAUCGGACGCAACCUCGUAGGUGCCGGUCUGGUACCGUCACCGAAUGGCGAAUCGUACCCCGAAGAUUAUUUACCAGCUGAACCCCCUGAGAAGGCUACUGUGACGACCGAGCGACGGAUCAUAUCCUUGGCCGUCUCAUCCGCUCUUGCAUCAAAUGAUUUCGGCACCGCCUACUCCUACAUCCUCACUCGUCUCACGCCUCCAUCUCUUCUCCCUAACUCCUCAACUCCAAACCCCGCAAUCGAGGAUGACAUCUCGUGGCGCGCAGCAUAUAACGCAGGCCGCCACCGGUCCACUACUCCCGAGUCGCCAAGUCCCAAUCUCCAGUCACAGAUCGCCCAUCUGUCCCAGCGCAUGGAACUACUAUCUCUCGCUCUCGUCCUCGCCCCCCCAGAACCACUCCCCGAGAUCCUUGGAGCCUGGCGCCGUUGCGACGAAGAGCUCAGCGUCCUCCACGCCCGCGAGAACGACGAAGCAGAGCUCUGGGACCUGAAGGGCGACAAAGCCUCCCUAACAGCUGUCCCAGGCGGCUUCGGUCCAACAGACAGCGAACUUGACGCAUUCGAAAACGAACAACAGCGCGCCAGACGCGCCCGCGCCCGACAAGACCGCAGCAACCGCUCCAUGUAUGAAGAAGCACCCAUGGGUCUAUUCGACGUUGCUCGCGGCGCCGCCCGCGCUAUCAGCAAGAACGCCUUCCCUCUCCACAGCGCCAUCUCCGCCUCCGCCUCUUCCUCCUUCGCCACUGCUGAAGGAGGAUCCAGCAUCCACGGCCGGCCCAGCGAAGACGGCAGUAUCGCUUCCCCGACAGGCGAGCAUGGCGAAAGCCGCGUCCGCAAACGAGACAUGGUCAGUAACAUGGUCACUGGCGGUCUAGCUACCGGACUCGGAUGGGUUCUAGGCGCUCAGCCUGUUAAUCGAUGAGAUGAGAUGAGAAGAAAAGUAAAAAAUACAAAAAGAGAGAGAGAGAGAGAGAGAAACGGGUAUUUUUCAUAUUUACAUAUUACUUAUCAUAUUCUUUUUCUUUUUUUUCAUUGUUCCUUUUUAGCGUGGAGUUCCGAUGGGUUUCUGUCUUCUUUGAUCUUGCUUGGUAGGUCGUCGAUAGUUAUGGUAUAUCAAGGGAGAGAAAACAGUUAAAAGUUAAUGAAUCAAGCACCUGAAUGCUGCAU